GAGAGAGAGAGCCGAGAGGGGCGUGUCAGCUUUCAGUGAUCACAUGAUCCGGAAAAUGUGGGGCUUAAUUCCUGUGUUGGACUGUUCUCAGCUACUGCGUUUCUGUCCUUCGCAGUGCAAAACCUCUCUCGUCUCAUUUACGACCCCCGACCCCCGGGCAGACCCUCGUCACUGCACCAUGUCAGACCAAGCUUUCGUAACGCUGGCCACCAAUGACAGCUACGCCAAAGGAGCGAUGGUCCUCGGACAGUCGCUACGAAACCACAACACGUCCAAGAAGCUGGUUGUGCUCGUGGGACCUCACGUUGCAGAACCAUGCAGGGAAGUCCUUGGUUCCAUUUUUGACGAGGUGUGUCUGGUAAACAUCAUGGACUCGGACGACGAGGCUCAUCUGGCUCUGAUGAAGCGUCCGGACCUGGGAGUGACGUUCACCAAGCUGCACUGCUGGACGCUCACACAGUACAGCAAGUGCGUGUUCAUGGACGCAGACACAGUGGUGCUGUCGAAUAUAGAUGAACUCUUUGAGAGGGAGGAGCUCUCUGCAGCACCAGACCCCGGUUGGCCAGACUGUUUCAACUCGGGGGUUUUCGUCUUCACGCCGUCAAAUGAGACUCACGAGAAGCUGCUGGCGUUCUGUGAGGAAAACGGCAGCUUUGAUGGUGGAGAUCAGGGGGUUCUAAACAGCUUCUUUAACACCUGGGCAACGGCAGAUAUUACUAAACACCUUCCUUUCAUCUACAACCUCAGCAGUAUCGCCAUCUACUCCUACCUGCCAGCUUUCAAACAGUACGGCCGCAAUGCGAAGGUGGUGCACUUCCUGGGCAAAUUGAAGCCGUGGAACUACUCCUAUGACGCCGAGAAGGGCGAGGUCAAAGGUCACGCCCUGUCGCCCGACUCGAGUCACCUACACCCGGACUACCUUGUCAUGUGGUGGCAGGUGUACACCAAGUCUGUGGUGCCGCUGCUGCAGAAGGCUCACGGGGAAACACCCUUCAGUGGCGACUUUGAAGAGGAGAGCCACAAGGGUUACCUUCAGGAGGAGGUGAGAGAAGAGUCACAGCCCGCUGCUCCUCCUCCUCCCCCUCCUCCGCGUCAGCUUUCGUCCGAGGAGAGGAAGCAGCGAUGGGAAGACGGCCAGAUCGACUACAUGGGCGAUGACGCCUUCGCCCACAUCGAGAAAAAGCUCAACACCUUUUUAAAGUAGCAGACGGGCGAGUGGGCGCGACGGUCAGAGAGAGAGAGGCUCUGUGUGGGUCGGGGGCUUCACCACACCGCGGCUCAGCCAGUCACUGGUGCUUGUUUAGCAGGUGACUGAGUGAAGUUUCAGCCUGCAUCCUGUCAGUGUGUAUGAAUGACUGAGAGUAAAAUUUAAAACACAGUUCUCACGCUCUCACCAUUCACUGUAUUUCUCUUUAAAAAGGAAAAAAGUCUGACAUGUUAGGAAUAUUUGCUAAUUUGAGUCAAAUUUAGAGAACACAUAUACAGUAUAUAUAUAUAAAUAGAUAUUUAAAUAAAGAAGCCACUCAUGGGUCCGUAUGAUAAAUUUGAAGCUCGUGUAGGAUUAAGACGGGAAACACGGGCAGGCGACUUGUCCCAUUAGUGACCUCAGCACUGUGGUUGGAAAUCAAAGCUAUUUUUACAACAUUAUCUCUCUCGGUCUGUUAAACAUGGACGUUUUAUAAUCUCACAAAUGUUUGUCUGGUCAGAGCUAAAUCAAUAGUAUUUCCACUGACCUCACACCUCGCGCUCUGCACUCUCUCUCGCUGCUCAGCUGUCGGCUAUGAUUGACAGAGGCUGCAACUAGAGCUUGGGCUGUUUUUAAAAUAUUCCCAUUCAACGGUUAGCUUUUUGAUCCGAGUUAACGUUCUAUAAUUCUGGGUGGACGCACACGUUUGUGAGAGUUUACGCAAAUACUUUUGCAGAUGCACUUCAGUAAUGGCAACAAAAUCCACCUGCCAGCUCCUCAAAACAAACACUGAAGUGUAUCAAUGACAUUAUGUGUGGUCAUGUGGCCACUCAUGAGGUCAUUAACAUUGGUGCCUCACUUCACGGUCUGUGGUUCAAGUCCUGGAUUGACUGGGGCCUUUGUGUGUGUGUGUGUGGAGUUUGCAUGUUAUCUGUGUGUUUCCACCUUUCUCUCAAAGUCCAAACACAAGCAUAUUGCAGUGAGAUUACUGGAGACACCAAGUAUCCCAUACGUGUGAAUAGGGCUGGGUAUUGAUUCAAUAUUUGCAAUUAGGUGUCGAUAUGGAUACCAGGACUUUGUGAGAUCACGGACACUGAUAAGUUUGACUUAGGUACUGAAAUUAGAUACGAAUGACAACGCAGUUUUAAUAUUAGGUGCUACACGGCAUGGUUGAUACCACAAAAGUAUUGAAGCUCGACUCCCAGCCCAAAGUUUGGUCCAUACAACAAAAAGUAUUGGUUUGUGACCCGGCCCUAGGUGAGAACAUGAAUGGUUGGAAGAGCACAGGUGUGAGUCAUCAAGUGAAUAACAGCAGAGUUUCAGGUCUUGCAUCACUGUCGCUCUGUCCUAAGUUCCCUGAACUAAACAGAGCCAUAAUUAAUCUUAUUACUAACACCUGUGCUUUUCCUGUGGUGAUGAAGCAGCCAUUUAGAUUAUAUGAGCGAUAGCUUUUUUAAAAGAUGCUGGUUGGCAGAUUUUGUAACCAUUACUAGAGCCGCAGCUGUUUCCCCGGUCUCUGGUGGUGGCAACGUCAUAGAUUAUCCUCUCUCUUUCUUGAACACAAAGGGAAUUUGCAAACUUCCUCAAAUGUCUAACUAUUCCUUUUUUAAAGUGUCUGAUGGGUAUGGAUUCAUAAUCCCGAGUCUUCCUAAUCUGUAGAAAAUGUUAACAGCUAUGGAAACUGUUAGUGGGCAAAGUGAAUGGCUGAAAGUUUGAAAGUUGUUUCUGGAUCUAACCACAAUUCUUAUCCUACUAAACCACUUUCAAGUGAAAUAUGCAGCUUAAAACCACUCACUCCCUUCUCUCAGUCUAUGCUAUUCUCCUCAGCCAGUUGGAGACAAUCUUGCUUUAACCGGACAGCGUUGACCUCAGCAGAGUUCUUAGAUAAACAUCAUUAUCUGUGCCUCUGACACUCACCAGCUCCCUGUGACGUCAGCUGUGUGAUAUCUGGUGUUGUAGUAGUAGAGCUACGCUAUGCCUUUGUUACAACAUGGUCAGUAAUGAAGUUUUUUUCCCCCACCUACAUCCUGUAGUACUGUAUUCACGUGUUUGUUGUGUGUGCUUGUGAGGGAAAACAUACGCACUUCAUCUGCACCCUGAAUGUUACAUCCCUUGUGUAUAUCUAUGCCACACUUCUCUAUCACUUCCUAUCUGUAGUUUAAGCAGCGGCUUUGCCAUGCACUGUUUAAAACACCACCUCAUUUACUGUAACUGCUGCAAGGAGCACAAAAUUAAUGUUGAGCCCCUCCUUUCCUGUUACCUCACUCCAGCAUGUGUGCUCUUUAACUUCUGGCAAUAUGAAAACACAAUCCUUUACUCCCAUGAAACACUUCCCUGUAAGCUUCCAACAAGUUCAUAUGUGAUAUAUUUAUCUUGAUUGCUAAAUCCUGCAGCACACUGGUGCAAGUGUCCCAUAGCUGUUAAACAUGCAUCCUUGUCAAAGUGCUAAUAAAGAACUGGUGGUUCAAAAACACCUCAUCCA